AUGGGUAAAGUGCACGGCUCCCUCGCCCGUGCUGGCAAAGUCAAGUCUCAGACCCCCAAGGUUGAGCCUCAAGAGAAGAAGAAGACCCCCAAGGGCCGAGCGAAGAAGAGAAUAACCUACACACGACGAUUCGUCAACGUCACACUGACCGGUGGCAAGAGAAAGCGGCGUCUUCAGGGUCCCGAAACGGCAGAAGCUUGGAGACAAGCGGCAUCACCGUCGACGUUACAAGCAGUCGUCCGAGACCACGGUGAGGAUAGCUCAGAUGAUGAAGAGACUAUCAAUAACGUUGUGGCUAUGGUGGUCAUCAAAUAUGAGAAGGGCAAAAGGUUCUCGCAGGAACAUCGCACUCAGCGUGUUAUGUCGUUCCAACGCUCCAGCUCCAUUGGGGAUCCUACUGGAUACAAUUUUCGCCUCAAGAUCUACGACGCUCGCCGUAGAAGUGCAAAGGAUCUCCCUCGAAUCGAUCGGUCCGUGAUGAACACACCUUCCGAUGGUUCAGUCUGCGGUCUUCGUUACGGCAACAAGAAUGCUCAGAUGCCGUACAAGAAGCAAGAGGACGAAUCUCUCGUCAACUGGAGACGUCUUAUUAAGGAAGGUACAAUUGACCGCCUCAUCCUUGGGGUAGAGACGGGCUACUAA